AUGAUGGCAACUCCGGCUACUGAUCUUAUUUCCGAUAAUGAUAAAUAUAACAAGCAAUGUCUUUCUGAUUCAAGUGAUAGUGGUAGUGAUGUAAGCUUUUUUUCCGUAAAUGAAAGCGAAGGUGAAUUGGAUACAAUGGAGAAAGUGGAUACCUUGAUUGGAGGUGCAAGAGUUAUAAGCAAUAAAGUAGAAAAAGACAGCGAUAGUGAACAAAGGGGAAGAAAGAAGGAAACAACUGGGCCCAAUAACUAUCAUAAUUUAGAAGAGAAGCAAGCGAGUGCCAUUUCUCUUGACGCUGAUGAUGAAGAUCUCGAUGAAAUUAUUUCUUAUUCGCAUGACGGGAACUAUGACAGCUCUCAUAAAACUUUCUCCUUUUCCUUACCAUUUGGUAAUACAAAUUUCCGAUCAAGUUCACCAUUAGCCAUAAUUAAAACUGUGCUUCCCAAGACUCCAGAUGAGUUCAUCAAAAAGAAUCUAAGAAAGAAUGAGAUCAAGCAAAAACUGAAAAAAUCAACCUCCAUUUCUUCCUUGGAAGAGAUAGAAUUAUUUAAAUACGAAAGGGGCAUUGAUAAUUCAAGGUUAAGGGCUGUUAAAGAAUCUUUGGAAAUGGAUGCCUUGAAGAACUCCAUUAAGCAAAUAACAGCAGACCCAUUCGACAAAACUCAUGACGGAUAUUACCGUUCGCGUUUAGAAUCUAUAUGGAAUGAAUUGGAAGGAGAUGUCGUUAUAAUGGGUGGAUAUCGAGGUAGUGUGCUAAGGGAUGCUACUACUCAUAAGCGAAUUUGGAUCCCAUUAAAGGCAGGUUUGAAUAUGACGAAAGUCGAUUUAUUGAUCGGACCUAAUGACGAAGAUGAACUUAAAACUCAGAAGGAGAUUGUCCCUGAUGGAAUGCUAACACAUAUAGGGCCUGUUGAUAUCUCUAAGAGGUUGAUAAAGAGGCUAGACGCAAAUCCUAAUUUAAAUGUUCAGCAGUUUGGCUAUGAUUGGAGAUUAUCCUUGGACAUAUCUGCCAAGCAUUUAACGACUAAACUAGAGGAAAUUUACAAUAAGCAAAAAAAUAAGAAGGGAAUAUACAUCAUUGCCCAUUCAAUGGGCGGAUUGGUCGCACAUAAAGUGUUGCAAGACUGUACUCAUUUGAUAAGAGGUAUUAUUUACGUGGGUUCCCCAAGCCAAUGUCCAAAUAUUUUAGGUCCUAUUAGGUUUGGAGAUGAUGUGAUGUGGAAUAAAACUAUUUUCACUAAAGAAACCAACUUUUUUAUGAGAAGUAGUUUCUAUUUUCUACCGUUAGAUGGUAGAUGUUUUGUUGACAAAAUUACCUUAGAGAGGUAUGAUUUCGAUUUUUUUGAUACAGAUGUUUGGAAAACCCUUGGCUUGUCACCUCUCGUCAAUGAGAAAAGAGAGGAAUCAGCUCACGAAAAAUCAAAAUUAUUACCAAGGAAAACGAAAUCAGCGCUUUCGCUUAAAGCUACCCUAAACGCAACUACCAAGUUUGUCCUAAAUGCACCUGUUGUUAGGAAUGUAGCCGGCAAUAAUAAACAGGUACCAAGGGAUGUGCCUUUCGAUGAAGUCUUCCAUACAUCUUAUGAAGAUAGCUGUGAAUAUUUAGCGAGAACUUUAAAACGUACAAAGAAUUAUUUGGAUAGCUUAGAUUACGACCCGAACAAAGAAUAUCCUCCAUUGGCCAUGGUUUACGGUAACAAGGUUCCCACUGUUAGAGGUGCUAAAGUGAACGGUAUACAAGAUAUAAAAGAUGGGAAUUAUGAAGAUUUUUACUAUGGUCCGGGCGACGGUGUUGUUCACCAUAAAUGGUUAUUGCCUGAACAGAGAGGCUUUCCAGUUGUUUGUAAAAUCGCCAGUUCUUCAGGUCAUGUUAGCUUAAUGACGGAUUUGAAAUCAAUGGCAAAAGCAUUCAUAUCUAUCGUCGACAGCGAAAAAGAAGGAAGAAGAUCUCGAACACGAACUUCUUCAUGA